AUGGGUUCAGAUCAUGCCACUGCUUCCAUACCCCUUCAAAACCACAAGCACUUACCUGAAUACAAGUAUAGUCAAAUAUCGCCCUUACCGGAGUUGAGGUAUACAGGCUCUUCGAAGAAAGCUACCAGCUCGGUGAGAGCGCUAGAAGGCAAGGUGAUAGGUUUAGACGUGGAGUACGUUACCAAAACUGUGAUAGCGGACAACGGUGAACGAAAAUGUUGGAAUAAACCUGCUCUGCUACAGCUUUUCGAUGGGAAGUUGAUACUCUUGAUACAGUUAAAUAACGGUAUGAGUAAGUCCCCACCUGCAAGUUUCCUUGUGCCAAUCAGGAUAAUUGAGAGUAAAAAGUUCCAUCAGGUACCCUUCUUCCAGAGGCAAUCGUCCAGCUUAUAUGCGAUCCCGGAUUCAUCAAAGUCGGAGUAG